ACAGCUUUGGAAAGCACCAGGUGAAGUACUACGUGGGAUACGGCUAACUUGCCUGAGGAGAAGCUGUCUUAUGUACCAUAUGCCACUAUGGCUUUAUACUAUCCAAACAUGAUGCAGACCUCCCCUUAUACCUACCUUCCCUUUGGACCAAAUCGUGUGCUUGAAACACAACCCACCGGCAUGUUAUCCCAUGUUCAGAUGCAGAACUUCUACAGCAGGCCUCUCGGUGUAAUCAUGGACCGUAACAAUGCUUACAGUGAUAAUUCUGCAAACCAAAUGGAGUACCAUCACAUCUAUGGUGCCAAUCCUUACCUCCACCCUUACCCUUACUGGCACUUCCCACAGAUGAGCCCUCUUUCUCUGUACAACCCCUAUGCAAACUAUCGUCCUUGUGCAGCUUACCAGAGACCUGGCUGGGAUUUAUGGCCUGAGGGAUUCACCCUGAGAGGGGAGCUCCGUUGGGGUAGGCUUGAGAGAGUUACAGGACCCAGGAGAGACGUACCUGAAUUUGUGAAAGAUGACCUCCGAAGAGUGUAUGGCACUUAUCCAAGGACUGAUGUUUCCAUAACCUACCACAAUGGGGAAUUUGUUGUGAAAGGGGACCCUAGAAUAGGAGAACAAGAAUACAGGAUAGAGAAGAGACUCAUCAGAAAGGAAACCACCCCAACUGCUAGUGAAGCUGAAGACAGCAGCGAAGACCGGGGCAAGAAGAAAAAGAAAUCCAAGAGAUGACUUUAAAAAGGAAUGCUGACUGAAC